UAUCUGCCUUGAAAGAUUGGAGAAAGACAAAUUUUAAGUGUGUCUUAUUUUCGGUUUGCUUCAACACAUUAAUGUUUUGGUCUUGUAUCAUGUAAGAAAGUAGUAGUUGCUUUAUGAAUUCAUCUAUGUGAUAUAUUUAACCCCCUCUAAAAUAGUAUUUGAGAUUCAAAUGUUAUUACAGAGUCUUACUGGGCACAUACAAGAAAAGAUACGUCCAUUGGUGGUGCCAGCUAUUCUUGAACAUGAACCCAAAUGGAGCUUGUCAAGUAUACAGCCAUUGGAGACACUCUUGCAGGAAUUAAAUUCUAUUCAUAAAAUUAUGCAGUGCCAUAGUGUUGACUCAGAGAUUAUUCUCCAGAUAUUUAGGCAGAUUUUUUACUUCAUCUGUGCCAUUUCACUGAAUAACCUACUGCUUCGAGAGGAUUUGUGUCAUUUGACUAAAGGAUGGCAGAUAAGGCAUAAUCUGUCACAUCUUGAACAGUGGUGGUGUGACACAACAAGAAAGUCAUUGCCCGUCUUCUCAAUAGAUUUUUUGAAGGAUUCCAUGAAGCCAGAAACUUUACAGCCCAUAAUUCAGGCAUCCCACUUGCUAGACGCUCAUAACCUGGAUGAGAAUGUUCAGAAUGUAUGUGAUAUGUGCGAUAAGCUUUCAGUGGUUCAGAUAAUCAAAAUACUCAAUCUACUUGCAACCAUAGAUGAAUUUGAAGAACAUGUUCCUGUCAGUUUUAUUCACAAGGUACAGGCCAAGCUUCAGGAAAGAAAUGAACCUCAGGAACAGGCUACAUUGCUGAUGGACACAAAAUUCACAUUCCCAGUAGUAUUUCCUUUUAAACCAUCAAAAAUCAAGCUUGAAUAUAUAGAAGUACCAGAGGAACUGGAUUUACCUAUGCUGAAGAAAGUUUAAAAUUGAGA